AUGCGGUCUGCAGACGUCACGCUGGGAGUAUGUCCUGCCACAGGGGAAGACGAUCAGGUCCUGGUCUUUGAGUCUGAGCUGCACGGAUGUGGCAGCGAGCUGUUGAUGUCCGAGGACUUGUUUACCUACGCCUUCACACUGCUCUACACUGCCAGUCCUCUGGGGGGGAGAAGUCAAAUCAUCCGAACAAGAGACGUCCAAGUCAGCAUCCAGUGUCAAUACCAGAGGAAGUAUGAUGUGAGCACCGGGCUACUGAAUCCGACCUGUAGUCCCGUGAGAUUCCCCACAGAUCCAGAGGAAAGUCUCGACUUCUCCAUCACACUCAUGACAGAUGAUUGGCAGUCACCUCGUCCAUCUGCUGAGUUCCUGCUGGGAGACAUGAUGAAGUUUGAAGUUUCAGUCAAACGGUUUCAUCACGUCCCUCUCAGAGUGGCGGUGGACCGCUGCGUGGCCACCGGGUUUCCAUCCGUCGACAGGGUCCCUCGAUGCUCCUUCCUGGGAAACAGCGGGUGCCUGUUUGACAGUCAGCUGACGGGCUCCAGCUCUCAGUUCCUGCCUUGGUCUCGGGACGACAAACUGCAGUUUGAAGUGGAGGCAUUCAGGUUCCACCAGGAAGAAAGCGGCAUUAUCUACAUCACCUGCACUGUGAAAGCCACAGUGGCUACUGCAGCUGUUGAUGCCACCAACAAGGCCUGUUCAUUCACCAAUGGAUGGACGGAGGCUAGUGGCAGCGAUCAAACCUGUUCCUGCUGUGAUACAGACUGUGGAGCGGGAAGCCAGAGUCCCCUGACUGGAACAGGUGAGGGGGGUGGAGACCAAAACCAGCUGGAUGAGUUGUUCCACUAAUUGUUCAGCACAGAGACAACACAUGCGACAUGGCCAACCUGAAUCUACUGUUCUCUUUUUACAAAAUGCCACAAUACUUUAACUUAAACUUUUCUUCAAGUCUUUACUAUGUAUAGUUGGUAAUUAUUAUAUUUUGUUAUAUAUUGUGUUGCCUGUUGUACUUAAUAGAUAUAUAAUUUGCACUGACACUAUCUUGCACUAUGAUACCAUUGCACCUUUAAACAUGCUACAACCAAACUUUACUGUAAAGGCACACUAUUGUUCUCUUCCUUUUUGUAUUUUUGUAGUAGGUGUGUGGAUGUCAUAGGUCUGUGUGACUAUGUGUAUGUAUGUUGUGUAUAAG